AUGACGGUCACAAUCAAUGAAUCAUCAGUACCUCACAAGGUGGAUUUCUCGACACCCCUGAGCGAUGUGAUCCGUCACAUAAAGGAGGACGGCGCAGUGAUUGUGCGAGGUUUCAUGGACCUUGAAACUAUUCAAAAACUUCAAGAAGAAGUCGAUACUGCUAUACAAAAAGGAUCAUUUGGUCCUCGAUAUCAAGAAUACAACGAGGAGGCUGGUGAAACCCCAAAACAUGAAAUCUAUAAACGUGGAGAAGGCAAAAAGACCAAGCACAUGAAAAACCUCGCCUUGACAUCCGAAACGUUUCGCAAUAAAGUCCUGAACCACAAAUGGAUGCAUGAUGUUUGUGAACAAAUUUACGGUGAAGAGUUCGGUGAUUACUGGAUGAACUGCGCCCACAUCCUUCACCUUGAACCGGGCGAAAAAGCUCAGUUCUUCCACCGGGAUACCGGUGUCUAUCGUGUUAGUGAUUUUCGGCGCCGAUGGAAUGACCCAGAAUUCAUGAUAAAUUUUCUGGUAUCACUGACUGAGUUUCGAGAGGACAACGGAGCCACCCAGCUGAUUCCUGGAAGCCACCGCUGGGAUGCUGCUCACCCACCCACGUUUUACGGCUCUGACGAAGCCGUACCAGCAAUUCUCCAACCUGGAGACGCGGUGGUCUAUUUGGGAAGCUUGUUUCAUGGAGCGGGAGAGAAUCGCUCUUCUACCUAUCGGCGAGGAAUGAUUGUUUCAAUGCACCCAGGUCAUUUCACGCCCAUGGAGUCCCAUUUUCACUUACCAAAGGAACUUGUCGAAAGUAUGACCCCUUUGGCACAGCAGAUGGUCGGAUGGCGAACAAUGCAUAAUGCGAACAUGAUUCCGAUUUGGCAGGCAGGAGAUGAUAAGAUCGAGGAUGUACUGAGGCUACAUCACAAGGAGGCGUAUUAG